AUGUCUGCCAUGCAAAAGCUUUUUGGAGGAGGAGGAGGAGGAGGAGGAGGAGGAUUAAACCAAAAUCAAACAGACAAUAUAAAUAAUCAAGGACUUUCUCAACAACCACCGUUGGGCAAUCAACAAACAUCACCACCACCAAUACCAACACAAAAUUCAAAUAAUUUUUCUCAAGGUAUAGGCAAUAGUUUUCAACAGCGGAAUAGAUCUAAUCCAAGUUUCGGAAACAUGCCUGGUGCAUCUCAAGGCCCACCCAGUUCAGGAUUGGCACCAAUACAAAAUCUGUUUGGGAGAACCGGAGGACAGCAACAUCAACCGCUGCAUGAUCCACACAUGCGUUAUAAAGUUCGUGGCAAUAUAACAAAUACUUUAGCAAUGAUGGAUGAUGAGGAUCUAGUCAAUAGCAAUCGACAAAUGAAAAACUGGAAUCCUCCCUCUGAACGGAUGUCGCGUCUAAUGGCACGACCACAUGAGCAAAAUUAUAAUAACAACACUUCUCGUCUUGAAUUAGAAUAUCCCAUUGAAAAUGUUUACGUAGGUCCAGACAUUUCACCGUCGGUGGCAAUCAAAGUCAAUGAAGCCGUGGACAAAGAUCGCUUGGGUAAUCAUUAUCACGUACAGCGUUUUAUAUAUGAGCCCGUUCGACAACAACUAACGUUGGGUACAGGAGAGCAUAUCCAACGUCGAUUAAUCGAUCAUCCUAACCAUACGGGUGAAAGACACAUGUUUGAAUCUCCUCAUUACAAUUCAAAUGUAUUAAACAGUUUGGCAAAUGAUGAAUACUAUCCAGGAACACAUCAUAAACUAAGAAAUAAAUCAAGAGGAUUUAAUCAUCAUUUUGAUAUUGACAAUGAUCUUCCUCUUGAAUCCUAUUUUACAAAUCCAUCAUUACUCAUACCGAACACAAAUCCCGUUGGACAAUUUAUUGAAAAUUUACUUCGUACUCCAGGAACAACCAUAUGUAAACCAUAUAAUUCUUUUGAUUUAUACAAUCAGUUCACACAACCAACGAUGUACCCGAAUCAGAUUGCAUUUAAUAAUAAUCUUCCAGUAAACCAUUAUGUGGCAGACGCAUUGCCAAAUGAUCCAAUGCGAAAUUUCUAG